AUGCCGGUGCCGCCCGCCAGGCGCCUGCGGACCGCGGGGGUCCUAGGAGACCCUUGGCCUAAGGAAAGAAUUGUUAUUUCUGUUAACUGGACACCAUUAAAAGAAGGCCGAGUAAGAGAGAUUGUGACAUUUCUUGUCAAUGAUAUUCUGAAACACGAAGUUAUAUUACUAGGAAAUGCAGAAGAGCCGAAAAAGAAAAAGAGGAGUCUUUGGGAUACUAUUAAAAAGAAGAAAGUUUCUGCCUCUUCAAGUCAUAAGAAGAGGAUUUCAGAUAUUCAGAAUGUUAACAAAACGUUUAGCGUUCCCCAAAAAGUUGACCGAGUUAGGAGCCCACUACAAGCUUGUGAAAAUUUUGGUGGGACUGAAGGCUGUCCCCCAACAGAAAACAAUUCUUUAAUCCUCGAAGAGAAUAAAAUACCUAUUUCACCAAUCAGUCCCACUUUCAAAGAGAGCCGUGGGGACACCUGCUUGCCGCUUUGUGUGCGUCGGUCCACCACCUACACAUCUCUUCACGCACCUGGGAACAGGGGACUGUGGACAUUAGAAGGUGCCCACAUUCCCAAUGACUUUAAUGGGAAAGUCGUAACGGAAACAUCCUUUGACUCCAUAACUAAUGGCCAAAUUGAAGAGGACAGUAAACUUACUCUUACCCCAAACUGUUCUUCAACUUUGAACAUUACACAAAGCCAGGGGGAUUUUCUCAGUCCAGAUGCCUUUGUAAAAAAUAGCCACACAGCUAAUAAUGAGCUAGAACCAGGGACAUGUAUUUCGUCAGGGACAUUUCUGAAAGAUCAUUCAAGGCCUAUGCAUUUGGAAUCAAAAACUGCACAUGCAACUUAUCAGACAAUUUUAAGUCCAGAUUCCUUCAUUAAGGAUAAUUAUGGACUAAAUCAGGAGCUAGAAUUGGGGUCAGUGAAUCCAUUUGUAUCCCCUAAUCAGUUUGUAAAAGAUAAUAUGCCACAUAUAACUAUAUCUCAACAAACAUGUAAGUUAUCACCGUUAUCAAAAGAAAAUUCUCAGGCCUCACAGUCUCCUCAAGGGCAGAGAAAAAAUGAAGUUUUACCUUACAUUCCUGAACGUCGGGGUUCGAACUCUCCCGAAGCUAUUUUUGAAGAAUCCAGAGCUUUAGAAAUGAAACCAAAUUGUUACAGUUUCACAAAACAAAAUCAGCCUAAAUUUUCUGCAGUUCAGGAUAUUUCUGAACAUGGCCACAAUGCACAACUUAAAAGACGCCCAAUCCUUUCUGCCACUGUUACCAAGUUGAGGCCCACUGCUCACAGAGACGACAAAGCUGAGACCAGCAAACCGAAGGCUAGAAGGUGCCUCCGCAGUGUAGCAGGUGAAGAUGAGUGUACAGCACAUGGCCUAGGAGAGAGAGAUGCUUUGCACUCUGACCUUCCAGUUAUAGAUCCAGUAGUAAGUAACUCUGAGGGUUGCAAAAAAAUAGCUCCUUCCUCAGAGACAGCUUUCGUUGCUCGUAAAAGAAAGAGUGAAGGAAACGGGGAAGGCGCAGAUGUGGUGACAGUCACAGGACGCACAGAACGAGAAACCAAAAGAAUCCAUUUUUCUCCUGUGGAGUCUAAAACAUCGACUACUAAGAAAACAAAAGUGCUGGCAACACCCGUCUCACAGCGUGUUAGCAGCAGAGGGAGACCAAACCUGAGGAAGAAGACUGAUUCUUUAGCAUUCAAAACUCCUAAUUCUAAAACAAACAAAAGGACACCACGCAUUGUUCCUGUGGCCCAGUCUAGUUUGACCUUCAUAAAACGAUUGAAAACAGGCAUCCCUAGACACCCGAUGCCGUUUGCUGCAAAAAAUGUGUUCUAUGACGAGCGCUGGAAGGAAAAGCAGCAGCAGGGCUUCACGUGGUGGCUCAACUUCAUUCUGACCCCGGAUGACCUCACUGUGAAGACAAACAUCUCGGAAGUAAAUGCUGCUACUCUCCUUUUGGGAGUGGAGAGUCAACACAAGUCAAGCGUUCCCAGAGCUCCUACAAAGGAGGAAAUGUCGCUCCGAGCUUACACUGCGCGGUGCAGGCUGAACCGGCUGCGCCGUGCAGCCUGUCGUCUGUUUACCUCUGAAAAGAUGGUGAAGGCCAUUAAGAAGCUCGAGAUCGAGAUCGAAGCCCGGCGGCUAGCUGUCCGAAAAGACAGGCACCUCUGGAAAGAUGUGGGAGAGCGGCAGAAGGUCCUGAACUGGCUGCUGUCCUACAACCCUUUGUGGCUACGGAUUGGUCUGGAGACGGUCUUUGGAGAACUCAUAGCUUUGGAAGACAACAGUGACGUCACGGGGAUGGCUGUGUUUAUCCUGAGCCGCUUACUGUGGAAUCCUGACUUAGCUGCUGAGUACAGACACCCCUCCGUCCCUCAUCUGUACAGAGAUGGUCACGAGGAAGCUCUGUCCAGGUUCACACUGAAGAAGCUGCUGCUGCUCGUUUGUUUCCUUGAUUACGCUAAACUCUCCCGGCUCAUCGACCACGACCCUUGUCUCUUCUGUAAAGACGCUGGAUUCAAGGCUAGUAAGGACCUUCUCCUGGCUUUUUCACGGGACUUUCUGAGUGGCGAAGGCGACCUUUCCCGUCACCUGAGCCUGUUGGGGUUGCCUGUCAGCCAUGUUCAGACGCCACUGGAUGAAUUUGACUUCGCUGUCACCAAUCUCGCUGUGGACUUGCAGUGUGGGGUGCGCCUUGUGCGAACCAUGGAGCUUCUCACACGGAACUGGGACCUCUCAAAGCAGCUCAGAAUCCCUGCGAUAAGUCGUCUCCAGAAGAUGCACAAUGUUGACCUCGUGCUCCAGGUCCUCAGGUCCCACGGGGUCCCCUUAAAUGAUGAGCAUGGAAACGCAAUCCUGUCUAAGGACAUCGUGGACAGGCACAGAGAGAAAACGCUCGCAUUGCUUUGGAAAAUAGCUCUGGCUUUCCAGGUGGAUAUUUCUCUUAAUUUAGAUGAGUUAAAAGAGGAAAUUGAAUUUUUACACCACCUGAGGGUGAACAGAACAGGGUCCGCGCUUUCCCGCCGCUCAGAUGCUGUCAUCAGUAAGGAGACGGACACAAGGCAGAGCAGUCCCUUUGAACGUUGCAGUGAGAGCAUAGCGCUGCUGAUGGAGUGGGUGAACGCCGUGUGCGCCUUCUACAACCAGAAGGUGGAGAAUUUCACGGUGUCUUUCUCUGACGGCCGCGUGCUGUGUUACCUGAUCCACCACUACCACCCUUGCUGUGUGCCUUUGGACGCCAUAUGUCAGCGGACCACUCAGACAGUGGAGUGUGCGCAGACGGGCUCAGUGGUCCUGAACUCAUCCUCCGAGUCUGAUGAGAGCUGCCUGGAUGUGUCCCUGAAGGCAGUCGAUGUCGCAGGAAAUAGUCCAGAGCUCCACAAAGAGCUCCUGGAAAACGAGAGGAGGAAUUUCCAGUUGGUGAGGGCUGCGGUUAGAGACCUCGGGGGGGUACCUGCCAUGAUUCAGCACUCAGACAUGUCAAACACAAUUCCAGAUGAAAAGGUGGUCAUUACCUACCUGUCGUUUCUCUGUGCGCGGCUGCUAGAUCUCCGCAGGGAAACCCGGGCUGCUCGGCUCAUACAGGCAGCAUGGAGAAGGUAUAAACGCAAAGCGGAUCUAAGGCACCAGCAGGAGAGAGACAGAGCUGCAAGAAUUAUCCAAUCAGCUGUGAUCGAUUUCCUAACUAAACGACGGCUGAAGAAGGCAGCGAACGCGGCUCUGGUCAUUCAGAAACACUGGCGGAGACUCUUAGCACAGAGACAGUUACUGCUGUUAAAAAGGGAAAAGCUAAGAAAAGUUCAGAAUGCGGCAGCGUUGGUUAUCCAGAGAAACUGGAGAAGACAUUCCGCUAGAAAGCAGUUUCUGAGACUGAGACACUAUGUAGUCGCCCUGCAGUCUAGAAUAAGAAUGACAAUCGCUGUCGCCUCUUACAAACGCUGCCUUUGGGCUGCAGUUACCAUUCAGAGGCACUGGCGAGCGUGCGUAAGAAGGAAGCUGGAUCGGCAGAGAUACAAGACGCUCAGGUCCUCGUGCCUGGUCAUCCAGGCUGCGUUCAGGAGGCGGCAGCGCCGAGAGAUGCGGUUACGGAGAGGAGCGGCGGUGACCUUGCAGAGGGCCUUCAGACGGUGGCGAGCCAGCAGGCGGGCUGAGGAGGAGAAGUCCGCCACCACCAUACAGUCGUGGUACCGCAUGCACAGGGAGCUGCGGAGAUACAGGCACAUCAGGUCUUGUGUUGUCCUCAUUCAGACAAGGUUUCGGUGCUUUCAAGCCCAGAAGUUGUACAGGAGGAAAAAGGAGUCUGUGCUGACGGUCCAGCGGCUCUGGCGGGCACACCUGAUGGGAAGGGCGCAGCGUGCCUGCUACCUGCGGAUUCGGGCAGCGGCCCUCUGCCUGCAGGCUGCAUUUAGGGCGGCGAGGGCCCGGCACCUGCACAGGCGGGUGAGGGCUGCCUGUGUUCUGCAGGCAAACUGGAGAAUGCGACGGGAGAGGUCUCAGUUUCUGAACCUUAGGAAAAUGACCAUCAGGUUGCAGGCUCACGUAAGGAAACACCAACAGUUACAGAGAUACAGGAAGAUGAAGAAAGCCACUCUCUUAAUCCAGGCUCGCUUCCGGGCUUACAUGUCAGCCAGGACAGUUCUCGCGUCUUACCAGGAAACACGUGCUGCCGCAUUGGUUCUGCAGGCUGCGUGCCGCGGGAUGCGGGCCAGGAAGCAGCUCCACCACGCCCUCGUGUCUGUCGUGAAGAUUCAGUCAUGCUACCGAGCUUACAUUUCCAGGAAAAAGUUCCUGAGCCUAAAACAUGCGACAGUCAAGCUACAGUCUAUUGUCAGGAUGAAACAGGCUCGCGAACAGUAUUUACGUUUAAAAGCAGCUGCCCUGUUCAUCCAGCAGCGGUACCGGUCCCUGAAAAUGGCCACGCUGAGGAGAGAGGAGUACCGGCAGCUGCGGGAGUCCUGUGUCCACCUGCAGGCCUGCACGAGAGGGUACCUGGUCCGAAAGCAAGUGAGGCGGCAGAGGGAAGCUGCCAUCUCACUGCAGUCAUGCUUCAGAAUGAGAAGGGCGCGGCAGAGCUACCUGAAGAUGUGCAGAGCAACUCUAGUCAUUCAGAAUUACUACCGCGCGUACCAGGCACGGCUCAGCCGGAGGAAGGACUUGCAUGUCCAAAGGGCAGUUACCCGUCUGCAGGCAGCCUACAGAGGCUACAGAGUUCGCCAGCUCAUCAGACAGCAGUCCAUAGCUGCCCUCUCCAUUCAGGCCGCCUUCCGAGGCUACAGUGAGAGGAUGAGGUAUAAGUCUGUGCUUCGGUCGGCUAUCACGAUCCAGAGGUGGUACAGGGCACGCAGGACUGUUCAUGACCUAAGAGCACAGUUUUCAAAGACCAGGGCAGCUGCGAUUUCUCUCCAGUCUGCUUAUCGUGGCUGGAAAGUUCGGGAGCAGAUCCAAAGGGAACAUCGGGCAGCACUGAGGAUUCAGUCCGCUUUCAGAAAGGCCCAGGCCUGGAAGCAGUUCCAGUUGCUGAAAGCAGCAGCGCUGGCCCUCCAGCGACAUUGGAGAGCAAGGACUGAGGGAAGGAAGCAGCGUGUGGCGUACGCGGAGCUCCGGCAGGCCGCGCUGACGCUGCAGGCUGCGUGGAGGGGGCGAGUAGCGAGGAGACAGAUCCAGAGGCGCCAGGAGUGUGCUGUCGUCAUCCAGGGGUACUACAGGAUGCACGUGCAGCGCAGGAAGUGGAAAACCAUGAGCGAGGCUGCCUGUCGGAUUCAGGUGCACUACCGGGCCUGCAGUCUUGGAAGGAGGCAGCAGCGUUUGUAUUUGAGGACCAAGGCAGCCGUCCUCACUUUACAGUCUGCCUUCCGGAGGAUGAGGGUGAGAAGAGAGAGGAUGCAGGCGGUCAACAGGGCGGCGGUCAUCAUACAGUCCAGGUACAGGGCACACAGGGCCAGGAAGAGGUACACGGCCUGCAGAGCGUCAGCUGUCGUCAUUCAGAGAUGGUACCGGAGUAGGAAAACCACAAACCAGCAACGCAGGGAAUAUCUUAAUUUAAAGAGGGCAGCCACCCUAGUCCAAGCUGUGUACAGAGGCAUUCGUGUGAGGAGACGUAUGCAGCACAUGCACAGGGCGGCCACCUUGAUCAGAGCCGUGUUUAAGAUGCACCAGUCAAGGGGGAGGUUCUGUCAAAUGAGAGCUGCAGCCGUCGUCAUUCAAGUGAGAUUCAGGGCUUACGAUCGAGGUAAAACUCAGCGCGCACAGUACAUGGCCAUUGUGAAGGCUGUUACUGUUCUUCAGGCAAGUUUCCGAGGAGCUCGAGUCAGGCGGACCCUGAGGAGGAUGCACGGGGCAGCAGUGCUGAUCCAGUCCUGCUACCGGAGGCACCGAGAGCAGAUGUGCUUCGCUGAGCUGAAGAAGGCAGCCCACCCCGCGCAGCACAGGUGCCGGGCGGCGCAGGCCGGAGCCGGGCAGCUGCAGAGGUACAGCAGGCUGCGGUGCUCUGCGAUUCGCAUCCAGGCCGCCUUCCGGGGAUGGAGAGCCAGGAGACACUUGAAGGCUCUGCAUUUGGCCGCAGCUGUUGUCCAGAGGAGGUUCAGAACUCUAGCGACAAGGAGAAGAUUCCUGUCUCUCAGGAAGGCCGCUGUCUGGGCUCAGAGACGACAUCGAGCUAACAUGCGUGCGAAGCGCCACCUGCAGUUUCUGCGGUUGCAAGAGGCUGUUGUUAAAAUCCAGGCUUUGCUCAGAGGUUGGAUGGUGAGAAGGCAGCUGCGGGAAAUGCACGUGGCUGCCACCGUCAUCCAGGCUGCUUUCAGAAUGCACAGGGCGCGCAGGAGGUACCAGGCCUUAGCGCGUGCCGUGGUCCUGGUCCAGCAGUGGUACCGAGCCCGCAGGGCUACAGGAUUGCGGAGGGAACGUCAUCUUGGACAGAAGUGUGCAGCUGCGGUCCUGCCAGCCACGUGCGAGGGAGUGAGGGCCAGGCGGCCUCUCCGGGAGCAGCACAGAGCGGCCGCUGUGGUCCAGAGCACAGACAGGGGGCCCAGGCAGUGUCUUCUCCACCAGAGGCUUGGGUGGGCUCCAGACACGAUACAGGAAAAACACAGAGUAAGUGAAGAGAAGGCUCUCGAACACGGUGCACUCCCGAGAGCAGCAGCCUGCGCUCAGGCAGGUUUUCAGGACACGAGGGUGGGGAGGCUGAUGCAGGAGCAGCAUCAGGCUGCUGCCGUCAUUCAGAAGCACUUCAGAGCCUUCAGAAUGAGGAGGCGUCAUCUCUGUGUCAGAGCCGCCGUGGUUUUUGUUCAGAGAAGAUACAGAGCGGUCAAGGCAGCGCGAACUGAAGCAGCCACCCAUCUCCAGUCUCCCUGCAGGGCUUUGGGACGGACGGACGUCCAGCGCAGGCACCAGGCCGCCGCGUGCCUCCAGGCCUUCUACCGGAUGCACAGGGCCCGUGCUGCCUACCGAGCGAAGAGACGCGCAGCCACUGUGAUACAGAAUCGCUACAGGGCCUGCGGCAGAGGAGCGGCAGAGAGGAGACAGCUCUCAGCAGUCCAGAAGUCUGCACGGACUCUUCAGCCGGCCUUCAGAGGCUUGAGAGACAGACGGGAGCUGGAAAAGGCACCUGAGGACAAGAAGGCAGCCAUUGCUGAGCCACCCGCAUCCCACUGUGACGGUGCUGGGACUCAGCAGGACGCUGCUGGGAGCCCAGUGGCCAGGCCGCACACGGGGGCCGGAGUUUCUCUGGCUGCUGGUUCUCAGAGUGAGGCUGAGGGAAAGAGUCCUCCAGCCUCUUGGGAAAUGGCCACAGGGACCUUGGAGACACAGCAGUGUGCUGCCCUGCGGGUUCAGGCCUUCCUCCGGAUGGCUGUGUGUCGGAGCAGGUUCCUGCUGUUGAGGAGGGCGGCUGUGGUCGUGCAGAAUCGCUGCCGGGCCUGUGCGUCUGCAAGACACCAGAGACGAGCGUAUUUACAGACCAGGAGCAGUGUUGUCACCAUUCAGGCUCGAACGAGGGGCUUCCUACAGAGACGGAGGUUUCACAGGAUUAAAGACAGCACCUUAAAAAUCCAGGCUGCGUGGAGGAGAUACAGAGCCGGGAAGCAUGCGUGUGAAGUGAGGGCCGCCUGCAGGAUUCAGGCCUGGUACAGGGGCUGGAGGGCACGGAAGGAGUACCUGGCUGUGCUGAGAGCUGUCAGAACCGUUCAGCGUGGCUUCUCUGCCAAGCAGACGAGAGCGCGGUUUUUGAACUUGAGAGCGGCAGCAGUCACCAUUCAGAGGAAAUGGAGAGCAAUACUUUCUGGAAGGAGAGCUCGCGAGCACUUGAUGAUGAAGAUUUCGGAACAGAAAGCCAGCGUGAGGCUUCUUCGCUUUACAGCUGCUGCCCGGUGUCACCUGUCUGCCCUCAGAAUCCAGAGAGCGUACAGACGUCACGUGGCCGUGAGGACCGCGGCAAAGCACGUGGAUGCCGUCAUCUGUAUCCAGAGGUGGUUUCGAACACGGCUGCGGCUGAAGAGGCUGGCGCAGGUUUGUCGCAGCCUCGCAGACCUUCGGCGGGAAGCUGGGGAGCGGCGGCGACGGCGGGACAGGGCGGCGGCAGUGAUACAGGCCGCCGUGCGCCGCUUCCUCCUCCGCAGAAAGGCGGAGAAGCUGAACAGAGGCAUCACCAGGGUUCAGGCGCUGUGGAGAGGCUACUCCCUGAGGAAGAAAAGCGGCUGUACGAAGAUCAGAGCGAUUCGCAGAAGCCUGCGGGUCAUCAAUGGGGAGGUUCGAGAGGAAGACAAGCUCUACAAGAGAACCGCGCUUGCUCUUCACUACCUGCUGACGUACAAGCACCUGUCUGCGAUUCUCGAGGCUCUCAAGCACCUCGAGGUAGUCACGAGACUGUCUCCGCUCUGCUGUGAGAACAUGGCCCGGAGUGGAGCGAUUUUGAAGAUAUUUGCUCUGAUCCGAAGUUGUAACCGCAGUGUCCCCUGUAUGGAAGUCGUCAGCUACGCUGUGCAGGUCCUGCUCCACGUGGCUAAGUACGAGAGGACGACGCCCGCGGUUUACGAUGUGGAGGGCUCUGUGGACACCCUGCUGGAGCUUUUGAAGAGGUACCGGGGGAAGCCUGGCGACAGAGUCCCGGACAAGAGCGGCAGCAUUUUCACCAAAACCUGCUGUCUGUUAGCGGUGCUCCUGCAGGCAGCAAGUCGGGCCUCUGAUGUUCGAAACAGGUCCAAAGUUGUUGACUGUGUGUAUAGUAUCUACAAGCUUACAGCUCAUAAGCACAGAGUAGAUACUGAAAGGACACUGUGUAAGCAGAAUCAGAAUUCCUCUCUGAGCGGCUCCUCCGUUCCAGAAACGCCCGUGAGAACCAGGGUGGUUGCCCGACUGAAGCCAGGCUGGGUUUUGAGACGGGACACCCUGGAAGAGAUCACGAACCCCCUGCAAGCCAUUCAGAUGGUGAUGGAGACGCUUGGCCUUCCCUGUUAGGCCGUGUCCACAGCUCCGCCUUGCGGUGAAAAUAGCAACGCUAAUCAUGACUGUGUAGUGUUUUGGCUUCUUUUGUAGAUCUUUUAAAAUCUGAUUUUGUAUUAAAAUUAAAGAAAUACAUAUUCCAAAUAAACUCUUUUUACAUUUUU